AUGACUUCCACGAGCGAAGAAGAGCUUCUCAAGGCUGAGAUCGCCAAGCUUUCGGGCGUGAUCCAAACGCACAAGCAACAACAACAUCACCAACCAUAUCCGUCGUAUCCAGAAGGAUACACACCAAGAGGGCGCGGGUACUAUCGGGGUGCUGGUAGUCCACCCUAUCGUGGCACAUAUGUGCGAGGGCGAGGUGGAUUCUACGCAAGUGCCAAUGCAGCCAGAGGUAGAGGUCGCGGUGCGGUAGCGAUCGCGCAACGGAAUCGCACAUUGAUCCUCAACGACUCGAACCACAAAGGAGCAAUGCAGGGAGCAGCACCAGGUGCCGCAGCUUCGACCGAAAAUGCCAAUUCUAUGGACUCGACGGUUGUUGGGAAACCAGCGGCGGCCUCGACAGCCACUAGCAGCACAAAGUCAUCCAUGCCGGGAACAUCAGAAGGCUGGAUCAAGCGCAAGUCAACGCACAACAUGAGCCUUGUCAGCACAUCUACAUUCCAGCGUACAGAACCUGCACGCUUAGCAGCAAUGGAAGCAACGCGCAAGGCAAAGGCAGAAGCGAAAGCUGCGGCAUCUUCAUCCAAUUCUACAGGCAGAAAAACGGUCCGAGCCAAACCCAUAAAGCCGUCGUCUUCGGUCCGUCGGGGCGAUAACAUGGGUGAAGUGGUCAUUGACGGUGUUGUCUUCGAGUUUGAUCCGUCAGGCACCAAGCUCGUAAAAAAAGCGGUUCAACCUUUCUCCAACCCCGACGACGCGCAGAACCAGACACCUUACACCUCCACCGCCAACGAGUGCUCCACAGCAGUGCCGCUGAAGACCAGCAUCAACGGUCAAGACUAUAUCCGCACCAAACGUGGCAACCUCAUAUCAGCCGAUCUGCUCGCCAAGCGGAAAGCGCAACGGGAAGCGCAAGCCAAAAUGGGGCGUCUCGACAAGAUGGUCGGCCAGAUUUCGGCGAUGCAAGCCACGCGCAACUCAUCACGCAAGCCAGGAGUUUCGAGGAGACUCGAUGUUAGCAAGGCACGCACAUUGUGUACGUUUUUCAACAAGACAGGACAGUGUAAGCGUGGGCUAUCGUGUCCAUAUCUUCACGAUUCCAGCAAGAUCGCUUUGUGUCCAAAGGUGCUUCGACCGACGGGGUGCACGUUGCCCAAGGGAACCUGUCCGUUGUCGCAUACACCAAGAGCAGAGAGGGUACCGCACUGUGUACACUACUUGCGCUCCAGAAAUUGUCGAAACGGCGCAGACUGUCUGUAUACACAUGCGGAUCUCAAGGAUGGAGUCAAAACCAACAUUUGUCGUGAUUUCAGCGACUACGGUUGGUGCGGCCGGGGCAAGGACUGCGAGCAAAGGCAUACGUACGAAUGUCCGGAGUUCGUGGAGAAAGGCAAGUGUGAGAGGAAAGGAUGCAAGUUGGUACACGUCAUCAGGGCGAGUCGACCGGAAAGUAACGUUUCGGCGAACGGUGUGGAGGCGACGCAAGGAGGGGUGCAGGAUGACGAUCUGUUUGUGCGAGACGAUGCGGCUGCCGAGGAGGCGCAGGCGGAUUUAUCACACGAGCAUGCUGAACACGCUCUGGGCGGAACAAAACGCAAGCGUCCAUUGAUGCAGACGGAACUGGACGACGAUCAGCCGAUCCUUCCUGACGAUGAGGACGAGGAUGAGCAGGUCAAUUUUGCCAACAUCAACGAAAGCCGUAGGACGAAGCGCCGAAAGGCAAAAGCGUUCACGCAGCAGAAGGACUUCAUUUCAUUUGACGACAUCGGCGACGAACAGGAAGACGACGACGAUGAUGACGAAGAGAGCGACGAGCAGGAAGACCAAGAGAUUUUCACCGACGAGGAGGAGGAAGGGGAAGAGGAAGACAGCGAAGAAGCGGAAAGCGUGCACAGCGAGGACUUUGAACUGAGCGACCAACAGGACGAUUCAGACGAGCACAUUACUGCAGACGACAAUUCGAACGCUCAGGAUCUCGCCCCUGCUGAUGACGAGCAAGAUGACGAUCUGGUAGAUCGAGAUCUAUGA